CUUCUCCAGUUUCCUGCGGGCUGCAUCUUGUUGAGUGUCUAAGUUGGCAGGGAAAAAAAGGGCUGGGAUUUCGAGCAAGAUCAAUCACUUUCUCUGGAGCUGUUAUUCUGAAGUCCAUCAGAAACCCCUGGCUCUCACUGUAGAGGGAAGCGCCUGGAGGAACAUUCACCUCACACUACCAGAAAAGGCAGAAAUGAUACCUGUGAGACAGAAGUUUAUUGACAUUCUGGAAAAGGCCAUGAAAGAAGGUGAGCAGAUGACACCAGAGGAGAUGCUGUUUACUUAUGAAGGAGUUGUAUACCCAACAACGCUUUGCAACCCGGAGCAGUUCAAAGCUAUGGAGACAUUCCAAGCCAGGAGUGAUGAUGUGGUUCUAGCAGGAUACUGCAAAUCUGGAACCAACUGGGUUGGCCAGAUUGUUACUGAUUUAGUAAUAACAUCUGCGAAGAAACACGAACCACACAAGUUGAAUGAAAAACUUCUACUAGCAGAAAUUCCCUAUCUUGAAGUAGGAGAUACUGAAAAGUAUAAGAGGAUGCAUACUUAUCCUUCCAGGAGAGUGAUAUUUACUCAUCUCCGUCCUGAAAAAUUUCCACCAUCUAUUUUCAAGAACAAAGCCAAAGUACUGAUGCUGAUUCGAAAUCCAAAAGAUGUUGCUGCAUCUUUUUUCCAUUUUUCAAACAACUUCAGUCCUUAUCCUCCCUAUGAUACAUUUGAAGAGUUCUUCCGAGCUUUAAUGAUAGGAAAAAUGCCCUGGGGAUCCUAUAUAGAGUACCUUUGUGUAUGGAACAAGUAUGCUGAUAAAGAAAAUGUCCUGCCAAUAACAUAUGAAGAGAUAAAAGAGAACCCAGCUUUAGGAGCCAAAAAGAUUUCAACAUUUCUUGGACUGAACUUAAAUGAGGAAGACUUCCGGGGUGUUGCAGAAAGGAGCUCGUUCAAGACAAUGAAAGAACAUUCUAAAACAACCCAUGGAGAAUUUGGUGAUGUCCUUUUCCGGAAAGGUGGAAUAAGUGAUUGGAAAACACUUUUUAGUGAAGCAAACAACCAGGAGAUGGACACAAUAUUUAAAGAGCGCUUAGAAGGGACCAAAGUGGGAGAACUGAUAAAGUAUGAUUGCUACUGCAAGAAUAUCACAAUCAUGGCUCAAAAACAGAUUAGUGAGGUUCUUGAUGAGAAGAUGGAAAAAAAUGAAAAGACUGCUCUUUCAGAUCGGACAUUUGUGUACGAUGGAGUGUUGUAUCCUGCUAUGAUCUGCUGCCUGGAAAACCUGAAAAUGGUUCAUACUUUCAGAGCUCGGAGAGAUGAUGUCAUAUUAGUGGGAUACCCCAAAACAGGUACAACCUGGGUUGGGCAGAUUUUAAUGCAGCUGGAAGCUGCCUCUGGAAAGUAUGAUGAAGAUGAACAGAAGUGGAGGCAGCAAAAACUGUACGAUAUAUCAAUGCAUCAUCUUCUUCAAUUUGGAGAUCCAGAGAAAUUUGAGAAGAUGGAAGAACUGCCUCCCAGAAGACUUAUAAAAACCCACCUCAUUCCUCGAAUGUUGCCCAAGUCAUUUUUUGAAAAAAAGGCAAAAAUACUGGUUUUGUUUCGGAAUCCAAAAGACACAGCUGUAUCUUUCUUCCAUUUUGCCAAAGGCAUGAAACUGAUUUCUGACCAGAAAACCUGGGAUGAGUUCUUUGAAGAUUUUAUCACUGGAAAAGUGGCCUACGGAUCUUAUUUUGAUCAUGUUAUUGAGUGGAACAAGUAUCUGGAUGACAGCAAUAUAUUUUUUAUUACCUAUGAGGAACUAAAAGAGAAUGCAGCCUUUGGACUGAAAAAGAUAGCUGAAUUCUUUGACUUUUCUGUGACUGAAGAAGAGAUUGAAAGCAUUGCACAGACAACAACUUUUGAAAGCAUGAAAGAUAAUGUCAGAGGAACUUAUGGAAAAAUGGGCCAGAUACUUUUCCGCAAAGGCAUAGUAGGUGACUGGAUGUCUGUCUUCUCAGAAAGCCAGAAUGAAAAAAUGGACAGAAAAUUUGAGGAGAGUGUAGCAAAAACUAAGCUUGGAAUGAUGUUGAAAUAUGAGCAGUACUGCAAAAACUGAAGAGGUCAUCAGUGCUACAAAUCUCUCAUGUUCUGAUUCUCUGCAUGAGGGUAAACAUAUUUAAGUUAGUUUGUUCAGGAGGAAUUCUUCUGGUAAUGCCUUCCUCAAUCUCCAGAUGUGCCAGAUGUCAGUUCCCAUAAUCCCAACAUAGCUAUUCGCUAGGUCAGAGAUUAUAAGAGCUGAAGUCCAACACAUCUGAAAAAAGCUGCUUUCGGUACACCAUUCACUCUUUCCUCCUCUUUUUGAUAUUUACACUGUUGAUGCUAUAUACUUAUUUUUAAGUGGAAGAACUCUACCAGAAUUAAUUAAAACCUGUACUUAUCUAUAAAAUAAAGCAACUUACUCUCUU